UAAAAGCUCUAAGUUGGUACUAAACCUAACAACUCGAUCAUUAUCAUGGCUUCCAGAAAAUUUUCCUUCUUUUCAUUCACUCUUAUUGUCCUAAUUUUUUUCCUUUCUUGUUCAGAUUUAGCCUACUCAUUUAACAAAAAAUUACCACCAUUUCAAUUCCUCAAACGUCUUCAAGGUUGCCACAAGGGAGAUAAGAUCAAAGGCAUCCAAGAGCUCAAAGAGUAUCUCAAAUAUUUUGGUUACUUGAGAUACAAGAACAGAGCUCAUGCUAAUGAUGAUUACUUUGACGAUGUUUUAGAGUCUGCCAUUAAAAUGUAUCAGCAGAAUUACCGUUUGAAGACUACUGGAUCUUUAACCUCUGAGACAGUGUCAAAGAUGAUGAUGCCUCGAUGUGGGGUUGCAGACCUCACCAAUGGCACCAUUAAAAAAAGCUCUAACGCUUAUCAUACUUCUGGGUAUACCUUCUUUCCUGGGAACCCUAAAUGGCCAGCUUCUAAAUAUGCACUCACUUACGAGCUUCGUUAUGACACCCCGCCUCACCUAAUACCUCCUCUCCAGAAUGCUUUUCAAGCAUGGGCUAACGUUACGCCCUUCACAUUUUCUCCCUUCCAUGGCCGUGGAAAUCCAGAUAUAACGAUUGGUCUUUACAAAGGUGAUCAUGGAGAUGGGUACCCUUUUGAUGCAUUUGGUGCCAUUGCUGCUCAUUCUUGGCCUCCACAGGAUGGAAGGCUACAUUUUAAUUCGUAUGGGAGAUUUUGUAUCGGUGCAUUUCCAAAUUUAUAUGAUUUUGGGACAGUUGCCUCGCAUGAAAUAGGGCACCUUCUUGGACUUGGACAUAGCCGUGACGAAGAGGCUAUUAUGUAUCCAGUUGCUCCUUUCGGACGGGUCAAGGGUAUACAUCAAUAUGAUAUUGAAGGCGUUCGAGCUUUAUAUGAAUUUUAAUAAUAUUUUCUGUUUCUAUUAUUAUUAAAUAAGACGUGAGAAAUAAAUUGCCGUUGUGUAGUAAUAUUUUGUAUUUCUAUGGCUAUAAAAAGGCUAUAUGAUGGUAAAAUAAAGUACUAUUGAUUGAA